AUGGUUUCAAAAUCUCAAAGUAAGGAUUCUCAGGCAUCCAAAGGUCAAGGCAAGGACAUUGCAGUUUCAAAGGCACAAUCUCUUCCAAGCAAUCCCCCAAAGAAGAUGAGAUUUACUUCAUCUUCCGAGAAAGACCCAAGCUCUGCGACAUUUGAUGAAGUGACGAAAUCUACUCGCGGUAUCAACACAAUGAGUCGUGUUGUGAAGAGGAAAAUCCAGAAGAUUAAGCCUGUGGUUGAGUACAAUAAAAGUGGCAUACCACAUGGCAAGGCUGCUAUUGAGAUGCAGAGUUACAUUGGUGUUUUGGCACGCACCUGUUGGCUGCGCAAAUCUCACGGCUUGGUGCUCUGGGCUGAGGGGAUGUGCAUUAACACGUGGCGUCCUUCUUUUGGGUGCGGUGCGGUUGUGCGCGAGCGUGCCAGUACGGUCUACCGUGCAUCGAGAUGGUGA